GAGAUUUCUAACACUUUAUAUGAUCAAAAGCUCAAAACUUUACUUAACUAUUGGUUGAUUUAUUAGAUGCUUUUGCACUUUAUAUGUGUUCGAGGAUAUUUAAUUAUGCAAAAAGAAUCUCUUUUUUUUUUGCUCUUUUUACUUCUUUUCACAGUCCAAUUUAAGUGGGCACUUUUGCAAUUUUGGUUUGCCCAAGUUAUGUAUUGUUUAGUAAUCCAUUUCGGCAAAUUUGGGAUUUUACUAGUUAGUUUGUGUCACAAUUUGUGGGUUGUUAAGGAAUUUUCAUAGCAUAUCGUCUAUACUAAGUUCAGGUUGUAAAUGAAAAUAAGUAGGUAAGCCUAGUGCUCAACAAUCCUGCCAGCCCAUAAGGAGAGAAUCUCUUCCAUUAUGGGUUGGCUAAGUAAGAUUUUUGGAGGUUCCAGUAACAGUCACCGAAUCUCAGAAGGGCAUAAUUAUGGACGAUAUGGAGAGGACUCAAACUGGGACGGUCCCACCACUUCCGGGGGUGCUUGGUCGGAUAAUGAGAAUGAAGAUAUUGAUCGUGCAAUUGCACUUUCCCUUGCAGAGGAAGAGGCGAGAAAACAGGAAAAAGAUCAGAAAGGGAAACAGGUGAUUGAUCAUGACAGUCAGCUGGAGGAAGAUGAACUGCUUGCCAAGGCUCUUCAAGAAAGUUUAAACCUGGAGUCUCCGGCUCAGACGCCACCCCAAACUCCUCCCAGACCGCCACCUCCUCAAUAUGAUCGUGGAAAUAUGUUGCAGCCAUAUCCUUUCUUUUCCUAUGGAUACAGGACUUGUUCUGGUUGUGGUGCUGAGAUUGGUCAUGGACGAUAUCUAAGUUGUAUGGGAGGGUUUUGGCACCCAGAAUGCUUCCGUUGCCAAGCAUGCAAUGACCCAAUAUCUGAUUAUGAGUUUUCCAUGUCACGAAAUCGACCAUUUCAUAAAUCUUGCUACAAGGAGCAGCAUCAUCCUCGGUGUGACGUCUGCAACAACUUUAUUCCAACAAAUGCGGCUGGACUCAUCGAGUAUAGAGCACAUCCUUUUUGGAUGCAGAAGUAUUGCCCUGCUCAUGAAUAUGAUAGGACUCCAAGGUGCUGUAGCUGUGAAAGAAUGGAGCCAAGGGACACAAAGUACUUGGUACUUGAUGAUGGUCGGAAGCUAUGUUUAGAGUGCCUUGACUCAGCUAUUGUGGAUACGAAUGAAUGCCAACCACUGUAUAUAGAGAUUGGAGAAUUUUAUGAAGGGUUGAAUAUGAAAGUGCAGCAACAAGUACCCUUACUCCUUGUGGAGAGGCAAGCUCUUAAUGAGGCUAUGGAAGGAGAAAAACAAGGUCAUCAUCACUUGCCUGAGACAAGAGGACUCUGCCUCUCAGAAGAACAGACUGUGCGCACGAUUUUGAAGAGGCCAAGGAUUGGAGGACACCGGAUUAUGGACAUGAUAACUGAGCCAUAUAGGCUGGUUCGUCGUUGUGAAGUCACAGCUAUUCUGAUUCUUUACGGCCUUCCCAGGCUGUUAACAGGGUCAAUACUCGCUCAUGAAAUGAUGCAUGCAUGGUUAAGGCUCAGUGGUUACCCCAAUUUGAGACCCGAGGUUGAAGAAGGAAUAUGUCAAGUAUUAGCUCAUAUGUGGUUGGAAUCUGAAAUCAUUGCAGGUUCUAGCAGUAGUAGUGGUCCAUCAUCUUCUUCCUCGUCAGGCUCAUCGGAGCCUGGAUCAUCGUCGUCUACCAGUAAUUCUUCAAAGAAAGGUAAAAGGUCUCAGUUUGAGAGGAAACUUGGUGAUUUUUUUAAACACCAAAUCGAGUCGGAUGCUUCACCUGCCUAUGGAGAUGGAUUCAGAACAGGUAACCAAGCGGUGAGCAAGUAUGGACUUAGAAGAACCCUUGACCAUAUACGAUUAACAGGGACAUUCCCCUGCUGAGGAAAGACACCAAUUUUUACCAGUGUAAUUUCUUGCUAUACAGAUGAAUACUGGAAAUGCAUUAGAAGGUUUACAGAUUAUAGGAAUCAAAUGAAUAUAUCUUCUACAUUGUUUCUGUGUACCACAUAUAUGCUUCUCUUCUUUUCUUUUUCUUUUGUGAUUAUUUUGAUGUAUAAAAUUUAAAACCAUCAACUCUUCUACA